AGACAACAUGGGAAUCCGGGGUGCUGUAGGCUCUCCUUUUACGGUUUAUAUUUUUAUCUAGCCUUUGCUAUUCUUCCAACAUAAUUUUACAAAUUUUAUAGCUGUUGGUUAUCAAACGAGUUUUUAGAGGAAGAAACAAAACGCAGUCUGCAAGAUUGGUUUUUAUAAUUGAAAUUUUAUAAAAAAAGACUAAAUUCUUAUUGGAACGAAUUUAUGUACAGAUUAGCAUGAAAUUUGAAUGGGAUGCUACAAUUUAUUAGAAAUCGAGCUUCCGUAGAGCUCUUAAGUCGGUCAUUUCGUAAAUACAAUGUGCCAGAGUCUUCAGGACAACUGCUGCAAGACCUAGGGUUUGUCCAUAUGUCCAUGUCAGGUGUGUUUCACCUCUUACCCCUUGGGCUGAGGGUACAGGAAAAGAUAUGCAGGCUCAUCCAACAGUCGAUGAAAUCCGUUGGAGCUGCUCAAGUUAGUUUGGCUCACUUAUCGAGUAAAGAAGUAUGGGAUCGAAGCCAUCGAUGGGAAACGAGUGGCAGGGAGUUGUUCCGAUUGAGUGAUCGAACGGAGCGAGAAUUAUGCCUUGCUCCUACACAUGAGGAAGAUAUUACCCAAUGCAUAGCCAAUCUUGUAGAAUCUCAAAAGCAGUUGCCGAUACGGGUAUACCAAAUUGGACGCAAGUAUAGAGACGAGGCAAGACCCAGAGGUGGAUUGCUUCGUGGAAAGGAGUUUGUCAUGAAAGAUCUGUACACGUUUGACAUAGAUGCCGACCAAGCAAAAGAAACCUACAGGCAGGUUUUGAGUGCAUAUCACCAAUUUUUCAAGGCAGUAGGGUUACCGUUUUCGAUGGUGAAUGCAGAUACAGGGAAUAUCGGUGGAAAGCUUUCUCACGAGUUUCAUUAUCGCAGUCAGGCAGGAGAGGAUACGAUAUGUGUUUGUCCUUCGUGUGAGUUCUCAACGAACUCGGAACUGUUGAAGGAGAUACAACCAGAAACAGCGCACCCUUGUCCUAAGUGUGGAGACGAGUUGGCUUUGUCCUCUUCCAUUGAAGUGGGCCAUGCUUUUUUGCUGGGACAGGUUUAUUCAUCCAAGUUAGGUGCAAACGUAGAAGUGAACCAGCGGCUCCAACCAUUGUAUAUGGGAUGUUAUGGUAUCGGCGUUUCAAGAAUGAUUGCGGCAAUUGCAAAUGUUACUAAGGAUUCCAAGGGACUUGUGUGGCCGACGAAUGUUGCUCCUUGGAAGGUGUUGGUGGUCCCGACGUCUUUUAAAAAUAUGCAGGCAGCAGAAUCCGUGUAUGAUACUGUUGCGAAUGUAGUCGGCACCGACAACAUACUGUUGGAAGAUCGCAGCAACCACUCUUUUGGAUAUAAGAUGAAGGACGCAGAGCUAAUCGGUUAUCCUUUUGUGGUUAUUGUAGGCUCCCAAUUUCAGGAACAAAAACUGUGUGAGGUCCAUGUUCGAGCUACGGGAGGACGACACCUUUUACCUGUGGAAUCUCUGCACCAGAUUCUCUUGGGGAAUUUUUUAUAAGCCCAUCUUUAACCUCGAUGAAUGAGAAUCAACAGAAAUGAAGGAGUAUGAUACAGAAUUUACGACUAGGGGAGAGUCUAAAUGUCCAUUCUAUAAUACCUUACCUUUUUCUUUACUUUUACUUUUUUAAAAUAAGCAUAAAUGUAAACAAAUAUCAUAUUCCUGACCCUCGUUAAUACAAUUUUUUAAACAGGGACACUAUCAAGCUACUUGAUACUAUGGCUAAUCAUCAUCACAAUAGAAAAAAAAACAAAAACAAAAC